AUGUAUGGUACUAAUCCAGAAGCCUUUACAUUUAUCAGCCAAAUACGUUAUACGAAGCGAGGGGGUAUUCAACAAAGUGAGGAAAUAAUUCCAAUCAUGAAAUCGGAAAAUUCUAAACUUCUUGUCGAUUUCUUGGUGACACUCGUGACUGGCUUUUGUAUUUUAUUCAUUCAAACAUUGGCUACUCCUAGUCAUCGUGGGUUUUUCUGCAAUGAUGAUUCUAUUAAAUAUCCAUACAAGCCUCAUAGUACUGUGCCCAAUAUAGUUUUAAUCCUUAUGGACAUUCUCUAUCCUACGAUUAUGAUUCUUACCUUCGAAACGCUUAAAAAUAAAUUCCCCACAAAUUCAAUGCCUGGUAACCCUCUCUCGGGACAAUAUCGAUUUACGCGAUAUACUUGGAACCUGAUCUUAAGCAUGCUGUUUGGUUUGGCUACCACUUUCGUUUUAACUGAUUCCGCCAAGUUUCUUGUAGGCAGUUUACGCCCAAACUUUUUGGCUCUUUGUCAGCCGGAUUUUAGCAAAAUUAACUGUAGUGUAGGUUAUGUCACUCAAUAUACUUGCUUGGGAACUCAAACUAGACAAAUAAAAGAUGCUCGAUUAUCAUUUCCGUCUGGUCACGCAUCCACUAGUGCUUAUGCUAUGGUAUUCAGUGCGAUUUACCUAGAAUCUGUUUGGAAGUGGAAAAAUUUAACGGCUCUCAAGGGUCUUUUGCAAGGAAUAUCCCUCUUAUUGACUUGGUUAUGCGGGUUAUCCCGUGUUCAUGAUUAUCGCCAUCGAUGGAUUGAUGUACUGACUGGUUUUAUUCUUGGUAUAUCUAUUGCAUUUUUCACGGCAAUGAAGAUUUGCAAUUUAAAUCUGUUCGAAAACAAUGGUGAAAAAAAUAAGACUGAAGUUGAUGCUAUUACUUUCGUUGAAAGUAACCCUGUAGAUUUAGAACGAAAACAAGCAAGAACCUUUGCCGAUGAUAACGAUGAAAGACCAAUCUAG